AUGCUGGAGACUGAGUUUAGUAUCUGGACCAGAGAAGCCGGAGCUGGAGGUUUGUCCAUCGCCGUGGAAGGACCCAGCAAGGCCGAGAUCACCUUCGAGGACCGGAAGGACGGAUCCUGUGGAGCUUCCUACGUGGUUCAGGAACCUGGUGAUUAUGAAGUUUCCAUUAAAUUCAACGAUGAACACAUCCCAGACUCGCCCUUCUUAGUCCCCGUCGCCACUCUGUCGGACGACGCUCGCCGCCUCACCAUCACCAGCCUGCAGGAAAUGGGUCUGAAAGUGGGUCAGGAAGCUUCUUUUGCUGUUCAGCUGAACGGCGCCAGAGGGCUGAUUGAUGCUAAGAUCCACACACCGUCCGGAGCCAUAGAGGAGUGUUAUAUCACCGAGCUGGACAGCGGUAAGAACCAAUCAGCAUGCCAUCAGGUUCAUCCCAAGGGAAAACGGCAUUCACUCUAUAGACGUUCGUUUCAACGGCAGCCACGUUCCCGGCAGCCCCUUCAAGAUCCGAGUGGGAGAACCGGGUCAGGUGGGAGAUCCAGGGAUGGUGUCUGCCUUUGGACCGGGCCUGGAGGAGGAACCACAGGUGUGCCGUCCGAGUUCAUCGUGAACACUUGUAACGCCGGUUCUGGAGCUCUGUCAGUGACCAUCGACGGCCCGUCCAAAGUGAAGAUGGACUGUCAGGAGUGUCCUGAAGGCUACAAAGUGUCCUACACACCGAUGGCUCCUGGAAACUACCUGAUCUCCAUCAAAUAUGGAGGACCUCAGCACAUUGUAGGAAGCCCCUUUAAGGCCAAAGUCUCAGGUCCUCGCCUGUCUGGAGGUCACAGUUUACACGAAACAUCGUCGGUUCUCGUGGAAACCGUCACCAAGUCGUCGUCAUCGUCGAUGGGGGGAGCUUUCGCCUCCUUUACCAAUUUCUCCUCAGAUGCCAGUAAAGUCGUCUCCAGAGGUUCCGGAUUAUCGAAGGCCUUCGUCGGUCAGAAGAACACGUUUACGGUUGACUGCAGCAAAGCAGGCAACUUUGAUGUGAAUGUUCUGCAUGGAACCAACAUGCUGAUGGUCGGCGUCCACGGACCGAAGACGCCCUGCGAGGAGGUCUACGUCAAACACAUGGGCAGCAGGAUGUACAACUGUGACGUACACGUUUCCUGGAAAUGCUGCCUUUGUGUUUACGGUGAUCCGGCGGUGAUCCGGUUCUCUGUGGACUCGGAGCCGCGGCUCGGCGGCAGACGGACGGACGGACGGAUCGGUGCCUUAACAGAGUCGCGUGUUAACGGGAGCCGGUCGGUGCUUCGAGGCUGGGGAUUCGGUGCUCAGAUCGCCAUUAGAGAGCCGAGGGGAGCGGAGCGGGGAUUGGACGGGUACCGGAGCCCUCUGCGGGUCUGA